GCAACGGCACGAAUGUUGUUAGGAUUAUUGAGUUGUCAGGAAAAGGGGGAGAAGUGUUUAUACGUCAGUUUGGUUUUGCAUGCUUCCAGUAGGUGUAGAUACGCAUUUUUUCUAUAGGUGAAAUGGGAAACUGUCACACCGUUGGACCAAACGAAGCCCUGGUGGUUUCAGGUGGCUGCUGUGGCUCAGAUCAGAAGACAUAUGUUGUUGGGGGCUGGGCCUGGGCCUGGUGGCUCAUCUCUGACAUCCAGAGAAUGUCUCUGGAGGUUAUGACCAUCCUCUGUCGCUGUGAGAAUAUCGAAACCUCGGAGGGUGUUCCCCUGGAUGUGACAGGGGUGGCUCAGGUGAAGGUGAUGACCGAAAAGGAACUGCUGGGCUUCGCUUGCGAACAGUUCCUGGGGAAAACAGUCAUAGAGAUCAAGAGCGUCAUCCUGCAGACUCUCGAGGGUCACCUGCGUGCCAUCCUCGGCACCCUAACUGUUGAGCAGAUUUACCAAGAUCGAGACAAAUUUGCCAGCCUGGUGCGAGAGGUGGCGGCACCUGAUGUUGGACGUAUGGGCAUCGAGAUCCUCAGCUUCACCAUCAAGGAUGUAUAUGAUAAAGUGGAGUACCUGAGUUCACUGGGCAAAACCCAGACAGCUGCAGUACAGAGGGAUGCAGACAUCGGGGUGGCAGAGGCAGAGAGAGAUGCUGGCAUCAGGGAAGCUGAGUGUAAGAAAGAAAUGAUGGAUAUCAAGUUCUUAGCUGACACAAAAAUGGCUGACUCCAAACGAGAGCUGGAAAUGCAGAAAGCAUCCUUUAACCAGGAAGUGAACACUAAGAAAGCAGAGGCACAACUAGCAUACGAACUGCAGGCGGCCAAAGAACAGCAGAAGAUCCGCCUGGAGGAGAUUGAAAUCGAGGUUGUGCAGAGGAAGAAGCAGAUCAGCAUUGAGGAGAAGGAGAUCAUCCGCACUGACAAAGAGCUCUGUGCCACUGUGAAGAGACCUGCCGAGGCUGAAGCCUACAGGAUGGAGCAGGUAGCUGAAGGACAGAAGAUAAAGAAGGUGCUGACAGCGCAGGCAGAGGCGGAGAAGAUCCGUUGUAUCGGUGAGGCGGAAGCCGCCUCCAUUGAAGCGGUGGGGAAGGCAGAGGCUGAGAAGAUGAGGCUGAAAGCUGAAGCCUACCAGCAGUAUGGCGACGCUGCCAAGACCGCGCUGGUCCUGGAGGCUCUGCCCAAGAUUGCUGCUAAGGUGGCUGCACCGCUGUCGAAGACCAACGAGAUUGUGAUCCUGAGUGGAGAAGGCAGCCGUGUGACUGGAGAGGUGACCCGUCUGUUAGCUGAACUUCCUGUGUCCAUCAACGCCCUCACUGGGGUGGAUCUAUCGAAGAUCCCUCUGCUUCAGAAAAUGACCAGCCCGCAGUGCCAAGCAGCCAUGUGAUGAACCAGGCCAGACUUCCACAUACAUCUGUCUCAAAUAUGAAAUUGUCUGUUUCAGCCUCUGACCUCUUAAUACAACUGCCUUUGACCAGAAACACUUGGCACUAACCAAAAGAGUUUUUAUAUUUUUAAGAGGUUUUUAAUUUUCUCAAGGAAACAAAGCUGUGGCCUUACUUCUUAAGGACCACACUGUAUGUAUCUCCUCUUGUUUUUGACACACUGAUAUUAUUUUACACAUUAGUAUAUUAGUAGCGGUUAGCACGGAAUAUAUUCAGUGAUUUUGUUCAGCCCUGCAAGUCAUCCAACAGAGUUGGGUAUUUCAGGGAGACACCAGUCAGCACUGCCUCUCUUUGAAUGCGGUUAAACAUUGUUUAAAGGAGGAUCAAUGCAACAGUCUUCACUU